CUGGCGCCUGUUUGACGCGAUCGGGCCGAGGACAAGUGUGGCGUUUCCGGGUGGCGGUCCUCCAGGCGGCUCCUGGGCGAAAAAAGGCAACAUGAGCAGCUCCGAGGAGGAGAAGCAGUUGGAGCUGAUCAGCAGCCUGAAAGACCAAGCUAUUGGUGAAUAUGAAGAUCUAAGGGAAGAAAAUAAGAAAACAAAAAAAGAGUGUGACAAAAUCAAACAGGAGAGAGAUGAAGCAGUCAAACAGCUGGAAGAGUUGCAAAAGGUUUCUCACAUGGUCAUUGAGGAAGUCAGCUGUAUGCAGAACCACCUUGAAAUUGAAAAGACAUGUCGUGAAAGUGCAGAGGCUCUGGCUACUAAGCUAAACAAAGAAAAUAAGACCCUGAAAAGAAUCAGCAUGUUGUAUAUGGCAAAACUGGGGCCAGAUAUCAUUACAGAAGAAAUUAACAUUGACGAUGAAGAUCCAUCCACAGAUAUGGAAGGUAGCCCUGGUGCUUGUGACUCAGUGCAAUGCCAGCAGGUGAUCAAAGAUCUACGAGAUCAAAUUAUAUCUCUUCAGGAAGAAAAGAAGACCAUAGCCAUUGAGCUGGAAAAUCUGAAGAGCACAUUUGUAGAAGAAAUUGUUGAAGUAAACAAAGUCAAGGGAGAAAAUGCAGCUCUGACAGCAGAAGUUCAAAAACAACAGGAAGUGUUGGAAAAAUGUAAUCGAAUGUCUGUACUGGCAGUAGAAGAAUAUGAAGAACUACAUGUAAACUUUGAACUGGAGAAAAACUUGCGGAAGACAGCAGAAUCCUUUGCCCAAGAGAUGUUUAUUGAACAAAAUAAACUGAAACGGCAAAGUCAGCUUCUGCUGCAAAACUCAGCCCCGGAUGAACAACUUUUGAAAGCUCUGGAUGAAAAUGCCAAGCUGAACCAAAUGCUAGAAGAAGAAAGGUUGAAACACCAGCAAAAGGUUGAAGAGUUGGAGGAGCAAUUAGCUAAUGAAGUCUUGCGGAAGGAAAUCAAAUCCCUUAAACAACAACUUGAACUUCUAGAAGAAGAUAAAAAAGAACUAGAAGAAAAGUAUCAGAGUGCUGAAGAAAAGGUUAAAAACUUAAAGCAUUCAGUUGAUGAACUCCAAAAAAGGAUACACCAGUCAGAAAACUCAAUUCCACCCCCACCUCCACCUCCACCACCUCCACUUCCUCCUCCUCCUCCAAAUCCAAUAAGGUCCCUUAUGUCAAUGAUUCGUAAGAAGUCUCAUCCAAACAGCAGUGUGACCAAGAAAGAAAAGGCGUCUCUGCAAGAUUCAGGAGAAGUAACAGAUCUGAAGAGACAAGCAGUGGAAGAAAUGAUGGAUAGAAUCAAAAAGGGAGUUCACCUUCGACCUGUUAAUCAGACCAGCCGUUCUAAGACAAAGCCAGAAGUGCCCAAGACGUCUGAGAGUGCAAUGAAAGAGCUAAAGGGAAUUCUGGAAACUUUGAAUACAUCUGCAAGUUCAAGAAGCCUAAAAUCCCUUGACACAUACAGUAAUGAAACAGAGUUAGAAAGAAUUUUGCGCCUCAGGAAGGUGACAACUGACCAGGAUAGUAGCAGUCCAACUGGAAUCUUGGCUACUUCUGAAUCCAAAUCCAUGCCGGUGUUGGGUUCCCUUGGAGCACAGGCUGAACUGAACGAGAAAACCCUAAUGGUGGAAUUCAGUCCCAACUCUUUGGGGUCAGAUGAACAGUGUCAUAAAAUGGUCAAAAGCACAAGUUCCAAGGUUGCCAUUCAGUCAUCAAGCAAUGUGGAACUUGAAAACAAGGUGGUUGGUACAGAAAAGCAAGCAGAAUCCACGGUCCUGUUGAAUCCUGAGAAAACCAAAGACCAAAUGCUUGAACGUGUGGAUCAAGGCAAGAUGAUUGAACAAAAAGGUCAACAGCUGCGUAAAGAUACAAGGGUUGAGAAAACAAAAGAGCGAGACAGCUCUCACUGCUAAUUGAUAUGCUAAAAGGCAUUGACUUCUGGAAGUUCUUUUCAGUGAUUGUUUGGCAGUUGUUUUAUUUAAGUUUACUGUGAAGGGCUAUAUUCGAUAUUCUCUAAUGUGUCUAUGAUUGUUUACUGAGAUAGCCUUAGUUACACACAAUCCAAAGUCUCACUUUGGGCCUCUCUUUCCUCAUAUAGCAGGUUAUUGUUGUUCUUGUUUUCUAAAUUAUUGUUUAUUUCUUAAAUUAUGCAAAAUAUCAAGAUUUAUUUCGAUGAACUUGUUUUACAUUAAUGCCUUGUUUAGGGCUUUGACUCAAAGCCCGCUUAAGAUGAUUUGAAAUAGAUCAAGCCUUAAUUAGGUAAUCACACAUAUGCACUUGCACUACUGUUAGGAGCAAGCACAAAUCAGUUUUAUUAAACACAACACACAAUCUGUCGGGGACUUCCCUGCAAGGCUCUUGAGAAUGUGGGCAGCCAGCUGGUUAAAGUUCCAUUAACUUCGGUAGAAUUUAUUUAAAAUUGAACAAUUAGUCAAUUUAAUUGUAUGCAUUCUAAUUUAUCAAUUUAAAUUGACAAACAUUUGGAUGUGAGGAAGAGCAAUAGUUUUGAAGAAAAGAGUUUAUUUCCUUGCUUUUUAGAUGAUAUAUGAG